CCGAUUCAGUAACGUGAACAACAGCUACUCUAACUCUGUAGUGUGAACAACGUAUAACAUGAACAAUACAAGAUUACGAUAAUCUAUUACAUUAAAAGGGAGAUACCUGGUUUUAGACGAUAGCAUUAGACAAGUGAAGUGACUUGCAGAGAACCAUGGCAUGCAAACUGCUGGUGAUUCUACUUUUUGUUGCCGGAGCGCAUUCCCUGGAGCCAACAGUAGGAGAUUUGCCCGAUGAAACGCUCAAAGAACUGGAUUUGAUUCACAGUAAUAAAAAAGUCGCGGAAAAUUGCACAAAUCAUAAACCUGGAACCAUUCCUCAGUUUCUUUUAUUCAACCGCGACCAUAGAGAGACCCCAAUUGUACUAUCUUCCUCCAAUUUGGACCAAGUAUUACCAGAAAAAGAGACGAUCGUGCUAAUAACGGGGUGGCUCACAAGCCAUGACACGCCGUUCUUUAAAGAGAUGCGAGAUGCAUACCUAGAACGGUAUGACUGCAAUUUGAUCAUCGUAGAUUGGUCUAAAAUCGCCCUGCUGCCUUACACCUACAUUCACUGUGAAGUGCCAUCGAUCGGGUUACGCGCGGCAAAGUUCCUAUGUCAGCUUAGCAGAACCGUUGAACUAGAACUAAACCAAAUGCAUGUGGUGGGUUACUCAUUCGGCGCUCAAAUCGCUGGAUACCUUGGCAGAUACGUCAGGUUGCAAUGCGACCAAGAGAUUGGAAGAAUAACUGCAUUAGAUGCAGCCGGACCACUCUACGAGAGCGCGGCUGCGAACAAGAGUCUUACCAAAACCGACGCGUUGUUCGUCGACGUCAUACACACCACGAGCUCAUUUGGAAUGUGGAAAAAUUGCGGGAAAGUCGAUUUUCAUCCCAAUUGCGAAUGGCGUCCGCAGCCGGGUUGCCGCGAUCCUUCACCAACUGACAAAAGCGCCCCGGUGGCUGACACCUUGUGCAGCAGUCUACGUAGUGUUGAAUACAUGACAGAAAGUAUACAGUCCACUCAGUUAAUUGCGGUAAGCUGUAGUCUCUGCUCGAGGUAUUGCCACCCGGAUAUUAUUACGGAAGUGUAUACGUUUAUGGGCGAAGAAUGUAGGACGAUACCAAAACCGGCUAAGAAUUUUAUGAUUAGAACACGAGAUAAGCGUCCGUAUGGACAAGGAAUGUUGCCAUAUCAGUAAAUUGAUAACAUUUACGAAUAAAAAAAUUGAAGAGCAGAGCCUUUAUACUACAAAAUUAGGUUCUUUCCCAACUGCAUAUUAGUGCAUUUACUUACAUGUAAAAAUAACGAUUAAAACC